CUAACCUAAGCUUUAAACAAUCAGAGACUGGCGAUAUUUUGACCCGUUCAGAAUACUUUUGUAGGCUCACAGCUGAUAUCAUUUUGAGUACGUCGUAGUAUUUGAAAGUGGAAUCAACAUGAAUUUAAUUCCAAAAUCGUUUAAAGAAAAACGUUCGUUCGCACAACGAGUUGCUGAUGUAGAAUUAAUUAGAGAACGACAUCCAAAUAAGAUACCUAUUAUUGUUGAAAGAUAUUAUGGAGAGAAACAGCUACCUGUUUUGGACAAAGCCAAAUUUUUGGUGCCAGAUUAUCUUACAGUAGCAGAAUUUGUAAAAAUAAUUAGACGUAGGCUACAGCUUCAUCCAACACAGGCAUUUUUUCUAUUAGUAAAUCAAAGAAGCAUGGCAAGUGGUAGCAUGACUAUGGCACAACUUUAUCAAAGAGAGAAAGAUGAGGAUGGUUUUCUUUAUGUAGUGUUUGCUAGCCAAGAAGUAUUCGGGCAUUAGUUACAUUGACAUAGAUAAAAAGUGAAAACAAAUUUUCUGGGAGUAUACAUACUACGUGCUAAAAAGUUUUUAACACCUAGAAAGAAUUUUAGAUCUAUUAUUACUUAAAUCUGCCUGCAAUUGAAUAUGCAGAAUUUUUGUGAUCAACUUGCAGUACCUGCUGGAAAUAAUUAACAGAACGAUGAAGAUUGACAUUUGUGUAUAAAAUCCUUAUGGUGCUUUGGGCCUUCAGUAUAAGCAUCAACCAUGUUUUAUAUAAGUUAAAGUUUAAGAGUAAUUUUUUUUUUAUGACAGUACUUUUUUCUUAUUAUUUUCAAUGAGUAUAAGCUACUAAAAUAAGAUUCAUUUAUUAAUAGGUAAGGAAGUUACUUUUAUAAUUUUUAGCAUUAUUAAUCUAAAUUUGCUUGCUUCCAUGCUCGUCUUAUAAAUUUUAAAUAUGUAAAAUGAUAAUACUACUGUAUGAAAUAGUAAGUAGUGGCCAGUUACACUUGACAUAUAUAAAAAAAAAAA